AGUGACAGUACACAGCAGACAAAAAGAUGCGUACACCUCUGAAAUAACUUUCCUUGCAUUAAAUCCUUGGUAGAAUGUAUGUACAUAUAAUAAGAAUUAAAUUAAAGCAAAAUGAAACCAUUUAUACAAAUGAUAUUAUCCUGUACAAAAGCUUAGUGCUUAACCUAAACAUUUCAGAGAAAAAUGUCAAAAUUUAAGAAAAAGGGGAAAAAGCCCGAUACGGGUGGAGUGAAAAAACGGCCGACUAUCUUAAAACGAAAACUUGAAAGGGCGGAGAAGCGGAAGGCGAAGAAGGUGUCCAAGGCGGAGUUUAUGGUUAAGAAAUUCAAGAAGGCGGAAACGGCGGAGGAAAAGGAGGCGGCGUUGGAGCUGAAGCGAAUGAAGAAGGAACAGAAUAGACUGGAUCAAGAGAAGCAGAAGGCGAGACAUGUCAAGAGAUUAGCUAAAGAACAGAGAAAGCAGCGAAAUCAACAACUUUUACUUGCAAACCAGGAAGAAGAGAAGAAUAUUAAAAAGCUGGAGAAGCAACUUGGACUCAAGAAACGAAAAUCUAAAAAUCUACCAAAAAGUUUUCAGGAGGAUGGACUGGAUUAUUUGCUUGGACCCACUGGAGCCGUAACUUUUGAAGGAAUAGAAGAAUCUGAGGAUGAGAUGGGAGGAAAGAGUGAAGAUGAUAAUGAUGAUGAUGAUCCAAUUGCAUCUGCUAUGCUCAGUAGUGACGAGGAGAAUGAUCAUGAAGAUGAUGAACAAGCUAAAGAUGAAGAAAUGGAAGAGGAAGGUGAGGAAAGUGGAGAUGAGGAAAUUGAAGAUAAUCACACCGAGGAGGAAGAAGACGAAGAUGAGAAUGAUGAUCAAGGAGAAGAAGAAGUAGAAGACGAAGAAGGAGGAGGAGGAGGAGAAUGGGAAGAUAUCUACGGGAGGAAACGAAGCAAAGAUGGAGGCAUUAUUAAGAAUACAGAUUCGGCCAACACUCAAACCGGAAAUGGUGAAUCGGCGGUCUCCGCUGGUGGCAAAUAUAUCCCGCCGGCCAUGAGAAAAGCGGCAGCUGCGAUGGACAAGAAAAAAGAACUAGAACGACUCGCCAAACAAUUAAAGGGAAAUUUGAACAGACUUGCUGAAUCUAAUAUGCACAGCAUUGCAGUACAGAUAGAAAACAUGUACAGCAGUAAUUCCAGGAAUGACAUGAACCAGACCCUGUACAACCUUAUCUAUCUGGCCACCGUGUCCCCAGUCCUUACCCCGGAGAGACUCGUGAUGGAGUACAUCAUGCUAAUCACUAUACUACACGCAAACAUUGGAUCAGAGGUUGGUGCUCAUUUUAUCGAGGAAUUUGUCAGAGCUUUCAAUAAUAAAUACAGUUCCACCGACCUGACUGGUGAGAGUGGUAAAGAAUUGGACAACAUAAUUCUCCUUCUCUCCUACAUUUUCAACUUUAGAAUGAUUUCAUCAAAAUUUCUUUUCGAAAUUCUGAACAAGCUGGCCGACAGCUUCAAAACUAAGGAUAUUGAAUUGAUUCUUAUUGCGCUUCGGAGUGCGGGAUUCAUACUUAGGAAGGAUGAUCCGCUUGAAAUGAAAAAUUUAAUUUUAAAAAUACAGAACAAGGCAACAGUUUCAACAGGAGGUGAGGAUAAUUCCCGUGUACAGUUUAUGCUUGAUGUACUGCUCGCUGUAAAGAACAACAAUGUCAAUAAGAUCCCCAACUACGAUCCCUCGCACCUGGAUCAUCUGAGAAAGGGAUUAAAAUCCCAUAUCAGAGAAGGAAACUUUGUUACCGAGCUUAAGAUCGGUCUUAAAGAUCUGGAGGAUGCGGAUACUAAGGGAAGAUGGUGGAUUGUAGGUUCCUUCUAUGCUGGGAACCUGGUUGGAGAGAAGAGAGGAGGGGCAGAGGAACCCCAGGGGGGGGACCAGGGGAAGAAGAAGGAGGAGUUUAGCACCCAGCUCCUCCAGCUAGCAAAGAAGAUGAGAAUGAAUACAGAGCAGAGGAAGAACAUUUUCUGCUUGAUCAUGUCCUCAGAGGACUAUAUAGAGGCCACAGAGAGGUUAAUAAAGCUUGGCACCAAGAAUCAGAUGGAGAGAGAUGUGAUGUUUGUUCUUCUAGAUUCAGCUAUGCAGGAAAAAGUUUUCAAUCCAUUCUAUUCACAAGUUGCCAUCAAGCUUUCUUCCAUGGAUAGGAAGUACAAGAUCUCAAACCAGUUUUCUAUCUGGGAUAAAAUGAAACAGAGCAGGGAACUGAAAUCAGGCCAGCUCAUUAAUCUGGCAAAAUAUAUCAGUCAUUUAAUCAGGGAGCGAAGUCAGUCUAUAUCUGUACUCCGUGUGAUUGAAUUCUCUGAGAUGACUAAACCCAAUGUGCAUCUACUGCGAACUAUUCUCUGUGAAGUUCUGCUGAUGGAGAACCUAGAAGACAUGGAAAAUAUAUUCCAGGCUGUAUCUGAAUCUCCAAACCUGAAGUUAUACCGUGAGGGUUUAAGAUUAUUUCUCCGACAUUUUCUUCUCAAGAAAUCCAAACUUGAUCCUAGUAUACCCUUCCAUACUCUAGAGGAGAGGGUUAAAACAGCGGAGUCAUGUCUUUCUACCCCGGGAUCCAAACUCAAGCUCUAGUCUGUUCAUUCAUUCACCUAAUCCCGGCAGAUUUUUGAAUAUGAUGUGGUAAUCCUGAACAAAAAAUGAGAAUCCCAAAAAAUGAUGUAAAUCAGGUUUAUCCAUCUAGAGGACAGGGUUAGAACCGCGAACUUGUAGCUCCAGGAUCCCAAUCAAAACUCAAGCUCUAGUUGACUCAUUCAGUGUCCUUUCAUCCUUAAUUUUUAAUUUUGAUAUAUUUCAAGUCUAUUUUCACAACUGUUAUUCAGCAUUUAUUCAUUCAUUCAUUUUCAAACUGAGCAUUCAUUUUUCCAUAACGAAAACAUUUUUUUUCCACAUAUAGCUUUCAUUAUUCAUCGUAUAUUCCAAUCAGCAUUCAUUCAUUUACUUAUUCAUCCAUUCGUUAAAUCCAUCCUAGAAUCAAUUUUUAUCUCCGUCCCAAUACUGCUAUUCAUUCUUUCAAAACAACGAAAUUUUAUAUUUUUUAGAAUGCCAUUAUUUUUUUCAGAA